AUGCCAAAUUUGGCAUUGAUUGCACGGUUUUCCAGCAAUUUAGGGUUUUUCUUCAAUCUUCCCACUAAUCAAAAUCCAGAAAUUAUCAAAGAUACAAUGGGGAAUAUUUGCAAAAAGUCAGCUUUCCCCCACAUAAAAAUACACAAUGAUCAUUUGAAUGAGGAAACGCUGGGAAACAUCAGCUCUGUAGACUACAAUGAUCUUGUCGGACUUGAAGACGAGUCUUUUGAUGAGGACAUAGACCAAGAAUGGGAUGAAGAUGACGUUGACGAGUACACCGAGGAAAAUCGAGAUGAGGAUAGCGAUGAGUAUUUCGAAGAGAGCGACGAUGACUUGAACAACAAUUAG